UUACAGGGUCGGAAAGUCCAGACCCAGUUCCCAAAGGGAUCUCCCCGAUCUGCCGGUCUCCCUCCCCCAAUGCGCUGAAGCUGUUCUAUAAAGUUAUGAGAGCGAUACUCAUCACCCUGUAAAGCCACCUCCCGAGACCAAAGAAUCCCAAGGCUUCCGACAGCAGCAUUUUAGCAGACAGCCAGCACAGUCCUACAGCCUGAAACUGCGAUCUUAGGGUUUGGAAACGUGUUCUUGUGGAGAAAACGGGGACGGCGCUGGAGAAAUGAGUAACACACACUAGGAGGGAGACCUUAAGGAACCUACGUCAGCUCAAACUGUUCAUGCCUCUAAGUUUCCUUAGCUGUUUGGACAUACAGUGGGAUGGAAGAAUCCAGGAACUCUGGUGCAAACCCAAUCCGGGAGUAGAUUUAAGUUUGAUACAUGAAUAACACUGCACAAUAGGAAGGAGUUUCAGCUAAGCAUAGAGCAAGGAGCAAGACAUGCAGCAUGAUAGCUCUGGGACAGAAGAAAAGUUUGUAAUAUUUGCUUGUGCAAGUGAGUUUUAUUUUAGACUUGGAUUAAGUAACAAUGAGAUCCUUACCAUUUUAGCACAUGGUCAUGGUGUUAUAAUAAGUUACAGAACACUGAAGAGACUGUGUAGGAAACUUGGCCUUUAUAGGAGAAAGAAUUACACAGACAUUGCUGAUGUAAUUGAUUUUAUUCAAAGUGAAAUGGAAGGAUCAGGACAGAUGCAAGGGUAUCGGUGGCUACAUCUACGUCUGAUUCAAAGAGGUUUUGUUGUGACCCAAAAAACAGUAAGGCAGAUUAUAGCCGCCAUUGAUCCAGAGGGAGUGUGUUUGAGAACUGCUCACCGCUUACGAAGGCGUCGGUACCACAGUCAAGGUCCCAAUGCUAUUUGGCACAUAGAUUCUUAUGAUAAACUAAAACCAUAUGGAAUUGCAAUUAAUGGCUGUAUUGAUGGCUUUAGUCGUUAUGUAAUCUGGAUGGAAGCUUUUACUACCAACAGUAACCCCAAAGUAAUUGCUAAUUAUUUCAUUGAUGCUGUUACCCUGAGAGGUGGAUGUCCAGAGAGAAUUCGUACCGAUCAUGGCACAGAAAAUGGUCAUAUAGAACAAAUGCAGAAAUUUCUAAGGAGACAGCAAACUGAUAAUUAUGCCGGUGAAAGAAGUUUUAUGUAUGGCCGCAGUACAGCAAAUCAGCGCAUUGAAGGAUGGUGGAGUAUACUGAGGAAGCAAAAUGUUCAGUUCUGGAUCAAUCUUUUCCAAACCAUUCAAAAUGACGGUCAUUUCUCUGGAAAUUUUCUGGACAAAAGUCUCAUCCAGUUCUGCUUCUUAAACCUUAUACAGGAUGAACUUGAUGAAGUUGUACAGACAUGGAACUCCCACAUUAUCAGACAAAGCAGCCAACAAACGACCUAUGCAGGGAGACCUGCACUUCUGUACCUGUUACCUGGCGUGUAUGGAGUAGAAGAUCGACUUAAACCUGUUGAUAGUGAUGAAGUUAGUUUAUGUAGAGAAGAGUGUCUUCCAAAGGGGCAAUAUCCCUGUGACAAAACAAUUUUUGAUUUGUGCUGCCUACUAAUGGAAGAAAACGCUUGGGGAGCCCCGGAAGACCCUUUUUAUGCGACUGACCUUUACAUCAAAUUGAGAAAUUAAAUUUUACCUAACCUAUAAGAGGAUAUUACAAAUAUGCAUGUUUGAAGCAAUGUAAAACAGCUCAUAAUAGUCACUAACAAUUGUACCAGUAUAAGAGUCCAGAGGUUUGGGUCUACUGCUAUUAAUGUAGAGCAUAUGAGAAACUAUUGUUAAAAGAUGCGAACGGCUAUUAACUGCAUCUUAAUCACUUCCAUUUAGUAUCCAUUUAGUAGCUAACUUAGGUUUGGAUACUAGGAGUUCUCAUUCCGUGGUAGAUCAAGCACUGGACAACACCCUGUUCUAAAACAACUGUUUUAAUGUUAACAUUUAUGAAAUGCCUACAGAAUUUAUGUAAUAACACACAACUAAUACUUGCCUAUAGUGUUUUGCUAUAAUUGUAAUUAAAUUAUUGCUGAAACUGGAUUUAACCAAA